GGUACGGGUACUGCCAUGAAAUCUUGAUACUAGUGUAAAUCGGUACAAGCUUUCAGACAGUGAUUUAGCAAUGUGUGUGUGUGUUUACAAAAAAAAAAAAAAUUAAAAAUACACCCCAAACUAUUAAGAGUAAUUUGGAGAUGUGAUUUCUCCAGUUAGCUUAAAUAUUUUUUAUAAUUUUUUAUGUUGUUACAAAAUUUACCUUGACUGUGGGUCAACAAAGUUUCAUAAUAUGAAAAUAAAAACCAAACCCGUUGCCAUUGAGUUGAUUCCCAAUAUUAAAAUAGUCAGUCAUUAAUAUGAGGAUCUCUCUGCAGAUUAAAGAAACUUCAAGGCAAUGGCUGGAGGAAGGAACAAUACAGCAGUCAUCAAGUUCAUUCUCUCAGGAUUCUCAGAUUUUCCUAAAUUCAAGUUCAUCCUCUUUACAGUAUUCCUUGGGAUGUACAUCUUGACAAUGGCCUGGAACCUGGGUCUUAUGACCCUGAUCAAGAUGGACUCCCAUCUGCACACACCCAUGUAUUUUUUCCUCAAUAAACUAGCCUUCUUAGAUAUAUGCUAUGUUUCUUCCACAGCCCCCAAGAUGCUCUCAGACUUCUUCCAGGAGCAGAAAUCCAUCUCCUUCAUGGGGUGCACCAUACAGUACUUCUUCUUCUCUAGCUUGGGUCUGACUGAGUGCUGUCUUCUGGCAGCCAUGGCUUAUGAUUGAUAUGCUGCCAUUUGCAGGCCUCUACUUUACACAGCCAUCGUGUCCCCUAUGCUCUGUCUGCAAAUGGUGGUUGGGGUCUAUGCAACUGGUAUUUUUGGUUCAUUGAUUCAACCGUGUGCUUCACUUCAGCUUGAUUUUUGUGGACCAAAUGUUAUCAACCAUUUCUUCUGUGACCUGCCUCAGCUUUUGAUUCUAUCCUGCUCUGACGCCUUUUUCCUACAAGUCAUGAAGUUUGUGAUAGCAGUGAUUUUUGGUGUGGCAUCACUCUUAGACAUCAUGAUAUCUUAUAGUUAUAUCAUUGCCACCAUUCUGAAGAUCAGCUCAGUUGAAGGCAAGUACAAGGCAUUCAAUACCUGUACUUCUCAUCUGACAGCAGUGACCUUCUUUUUUGGAUCAGGACUCUUUGUCUAUAUGCAUCCCAGCUAUGACAAUUCACUGGGCUACGACAAGAUGGCAUCAGUCUUCUACACAGUGGUGAUCCCAAUGUUGAAUCCUUUGAUUUAUUGUCUGAGGAACAAGGAAAUCAAAGAUGCCCUUAAGAGGUGUGAAAAAAAGAGAGUGUUUUCCCACUGUCACUGAUAAUUAAAAGUCUGGCAGGCCAGUGAUCCUGGUGACCUGAAGUUCCCA